GGGUACCAUAUAGGUGCUAAAAUUUCCCUCUCCACCCAUAUAUCAGAACUGAACUGUUUACUCAAAUGUAUCUCUAUUUUCCCUUACACUGAGCAGUUUCAGAGCUAUCACAUAUUUAUUACUUUAACACUUAGUCUCUUUUCCCAACAAAUGUCAGACUUGGUACCUUCAGAAGUUUUGACGAAAGCAAUGUUUUAAUACUUGAAAUUCCCCACCGCACAUUUCCAUGCCUGAAGCUAUUUUCCUGAGGUUUCAGUAAUGGGAGUCUCCCCAUACACAAUUUUACAUGUUGGUGGCUGCACUACUUCUCAGCCACACCUCCUUUCUCCCAGGUGGCCCCAAAUCCCCUCUGAAAGGGUGCUGGUUCAUGUAUCAGCAGAGCAACCUAACAGAAUUGGGGUGAGAGAGGAGGGUAUGGAAGCCUUAGAUCAAAUAUCCUAGCUAAGGUUGGUCCAGAGGGUCCCAACAUGGAACAGCUGAGGAGUGCUUCAGUGCUGCCUCAUUAGAUGAGACCAAUCCCAGGGACGAACUAAGACAGCCCACGGUCCUUGAAUUACUCAUGGCACUGAAGAGGAGGAGAAGACAGAGCAACAGCUGUGCCUGGCAGAGAGGCUGGAGUUUCUGGUUUCCAAGAUCAGGAGGACUUGAGCUAGGGGAGGGGCCUCAAGGCAGGGGCCAGGCCCCAGUCAGCUAUGCAAGGCUGCACAAACAGGCAGCCCAAAGACGAGAAGACCAUUGGGAAAUGGUCUCCUGAAACUCAGGGAGGGACUCACCAGCUCUCUCCACCUCAACCCAACUACAACUCCGAGACUGUAGCAGCAUUUGGCAUUCUGAAGGCCCUGCUAAUCCUGUACCUCAAAUGGAAGCUCUUCUAGGCGUAAAACUUGGCUGCAUGCUUGGCCUGCUGGCACUCACUGUGGUCUGUGGCCUCGUGCCCAUCUACAUAAAAUGGUUCAAGAUUGAUGCAGCCACAGGUCGCCACCGACGAGUCCUCAGCCUCCUGGGCUGCAUUUCUGCCGGUGUGUUUCUGGGAGCAGGAUUUAUGCACAUGACAGCCGAAGCCCUGGAAGGAAUUGAGUCUGAGAUCCAAAAGUUACUGAUCCAGAACAGUUCAGCAGGCGAGGGAAAUUCAGAGGCUGAUGAUUCUUCACUUGUGGAGUACCCCUAUGGAGAGCUCAUCAUCUGCCUGGGCUUCUUCUUAGUCUUCCUUUUGGAAUCACUGGCAUUGCAAUGUUGUCCUGAAACAGCUGGAGGAUCCACGUUGCAGGAAGAGGACUGUGGGGGAGCUCAUGUCCUGCAAAUCCACAGUCAUGGACCUAAACCCUCCCCUUCCCGGGGUCCCCUGAGGGCCCUGAUCCUCCUGCUCUCCCUCUCCUUUCACUCAGUGUUUGAAGGACUGGCUGUGGGGCUCCAGCCAACCAUAGCAAUGACAGUGCAGCUUUGCCUGGCUGUCCUGGCUCACAAGGGGCUGGUGGUGUUUGGCGUUGGCCUGCGCCUGGUGCAGAUAGGAACCAGGUCCCGGUGGGCCAUGGUCUCCAUUGUGUCAUUAGCACUCAUGUCCCCCCUGGGCCUAGCAAUAGGUAUGGCUGUGGCUCAAGGGGACUCUGAAGGGGGACGAGGUUUAGCUCAGGCAGUGCUAGAGGGGGUAGCAGCUGGCACCUUUCUUUAUGUCACCUUCCUCGAAAUUUUGCCACGAGAAUUGGCUGGUCCCGAGAGUCCUCUGGCCAAGUGGGGCUGUGUAGCUGCUGGUUUUGCCUUCAUGGCCUUCAUCGCUCUGUGGGCCUGAGUCUGAAGCCUGACUUUCUCACAGGCAUGCCUGGGACACCCCAGUGUCUCCCAGGAGACACAUUCCAGGGGGCUUGAUGUCUUUAACUGAAAUGAAGUGACUUUUAUAGACAUCUUCCUCAUGAACUGAACCCCAAGAGAGCUCAUUUCUGUAUGCUAUUUGAGAACCGAGGGAAUCAUGUUUAGGCUGACUACCAGUAAAUUAGGACUGUUUGAAGAACAGCCUCAGGUCUUGCUCUUUCCCAUUUGUGCCAUUUGUAAUAAAUGUCCCUUUAAACUU